GCCUUGUGGGUGGAGCAUUUGUUUACGUCACAGCUAGCAUUGCACCGCCCUAAAAGCCUGAAUCCAAGCGGAAUCCGUUUAGAAUCCACUCCCUAGCCAGCGCGUCUGAGCGGAUGUGCGCCGUUACGCCAUGUUGAUGCAAUUUGCCAGCUGAUCGAAACGUGCUUUGUGUGUGGCCCGAUGUGAUCGCCCGGAAUCGCCGUUUUCGGCUUCCAUCCACCUGCGACAUGGGUGGCUGUGUUGCGGCGAAAUGCAAGAACUCAAGUGCCAAAGGAUAUCGCGUCUUUCGCUUCCCACGCGACUCCAAGAGACGAAAUAUUUGGAUCGCGAAUGUGAACCGUGGUGGUGGUUGGGAGCCUACGCCGCAUAGUCAGCUUUGCGAGGCGCAUUUUGAAGACAGCCAAUUCGAAAACAAUCGGGCCGACGGCAGGAGAAAGCUUAAGUCAUCAGCGGUGCCUACGAAAUUUCACUUUGACACAGCUGGGCUACAAAAAAGACGCCGAAAGGUAACAAACCAGGAAAAUGAGAACCUUCCUCCUUCGGCUGGGACCACAGUAGAGCCCACUGAGCAACAAGACGUGUUACGACUUCCUGGGGUUGCACAUGCAAGCAUGCCAAGGGUUGCUACAGGCAUUCUCACAGACACAACAAACACGGUGGGCAUCGUUCCUAGCAGUGAAUAUAGUGCUGCACAGGUACUUCUGUCUCUGCACUCUUCUUUGCAGGGGGAAACAGAGGUACAUGCCACCGACAACACUGCUUCUCUGGAACCUGCUGCCACAGAUGCAUCAGCCAUACCAACGGUGCAAGAGGUGACGGAGCAGCCCCUCGACCUGGGGUGUGCCGACUCAAGCUUGGUGUCCUGCAACAGUGAGGCAAGUGGGCUUUUCUCUGGCCUUUCUCAGUGCGCACUUGCUCGUAGUGCUGUAAUUUCUCUGUCAACAUGGCAGCGUAGAUAUCUGCUCACUCUUCACGUUUAAUUUUACUCAGCUUAACAAGCAUGGUGCAAUGAUGCAAAUGUACUGAUACACAAUUUCUUUUGCCCGUGUA